UGCGCUACAACGCACCAGACGGCGCACGUUUCAAUCAUGGCUGCCUUCAAAGGAGUGCAAGUGCUUUCCUUACCACGUGUUGGCGUCAAAACAACUGAAGACACCCUUUAUUGGCGCAAGCUAUCCCUCCCCGUAACCGUAAAAGAUGUUUCUGCCAUCAACCACGUCGACAUUUCGCGUCAAGAGCCGUACAGCUUUGCCGUCACCUGUUCCACCCGAGUGCAGAUCUUCAACCCGGUCAGUCGUGAAGUCACGCAGCGAUUUUCGAAGUUCAACAAGGCUGCUUGCGGCGCUGUAUUUCGAUCUGACGGCAACUUGAUAGCAGCUGGAGGUGAAGAUGGCAUUGUGAAGUUAUUCGACGUCAAAAGCAAGUCACUCCUCCGACAAUUCGUUGGCCACAGAGGACCGACGCAACGAUGCAACUUCACGCCGAAAGGCACGCAGAUUGUGAGCUUUUCGGAUGAUUCUACAGUGAGUCUGUGGGACAUACCUGGACAGACCCGUUUGUUAACGAUCGACGCGCAUGACGACUACGUGCGAUGCGGCGCUGUCUGCAAAGCGAAUCCGGAUAUCGUAUUAUCCGGAUCUUACGACCAUCAUGCAAAGAUUUUCGAUAUACGAACAUCCGAAGCCGUUGUGAAUGUCGAUCACGAAGCGCCCGUCGACUCGGUGCUCAUGUUUCCGAAUGGCGGUGUUUUCCUCACAGCUGGUGGAAACAGUAUAAGAGUUUGGGACAUCGUAGCUGGCAAACUUUUAGCGCAGAUCGCCCAACAUCACAAGACGGUCACGUGUCUCAAGUUAGCCAGCAAAGGACAGAGGCUGCUUUCAGGUUCACUGGACCGUCACGUUAAAAUCUACGAUGUUUCGAAUUAUCAGGUGGUCCACACGCUGGACUUUCCGUCACCAAUUCUGUCCAUGGACAUUUCGCCACAGGACAAAGUCCUCGUUGUCGGAAUGAUCGGGCUGUUUUCGGUUCAGCGAAGAAAGCUGGACGAGCCCCGAGUCGUCUCAAACCGUAAACGAAAGAGGGAGAGAAGUUUCAGUCAGGCUGUUUCGACUGAUCCUGGGUUCAUAGUCGAACGUGGUGACACGGUCGUUCCAGAGAGCAAGGCACAGUACUUGUCAAAGUACAAUACAUAUCUCCGUACUUUCCAAGUUUCAAAAGCAUUGACUGCGGCGCUGCGGCAGGCCAAAUUCAUGGACCAGCCACAAAUUGCUGUUUCGGUGAUGCAGGAUCUCAUAAGAAGGCGAGCAUUGAAGCCUGCACUUGCAGGCAGGACCGGAAAAGACUUGGUGGACGUGAUGCAGUUUGUCACGCGCUACGCGGCAGACACAAGGUUUUGCAGGAUUUUACUAGAUGUAGCAAUGGUGAUGAUCGAGGUUUACUAUCCUCAGAUCACGACAUGUGACGAGACACUGAGGAGGUUUCAGAUUUUGCAGAAGGUGGUUGAACAGGAAGUGAAAAACGUGCAGGAAAUGAUGGAACUGCGGGGCUGUGUGGAAAUGUUGAUGGCAAAUUCGUGUAGCAAUGUCGUGGCUGAGGAUGACAGAGUUUGAUAUUGCUGAUUAUGGUCGAUUCAUAAAUAAAAUGUUAGUAAUGAAUGUAUAAUUUCA